UCCGGUACUAUUCCAUUUACCAUCUGAGGGUCAGUCUCUUGUAGAAGGUGAUGAACAGAAUGGAAGCGAGCAUGUGGUUCGUUCUGGUCAGCAUGCUGCUGGCCGUGACUGGGAUGGGUCACUCCAUCCAGGAGGGAGAAGUUCUAGAGCCCAACCUGCGCCUGGCUGUGGACUCUGAGGAGAAUGUAGCUGAGAACCUGGUCAGUGAGGAGGAGGUGGGUCGAGUUCUUGAAGAUCGUCUGCUGACCACAGUGCUGCGUUCUCUGCUCCAGGGUUCUCAGAGACAAACUAGGAACCCCUCCGUUCUCCACCAGCCCCAGAGGUUUGGUCGUGGUGCUCGAGGAGACUCUCCUGCAGAGGAGAGGAUACAGUCCCGAGACUGGGAGACGGUCCCUGGGCAGAUCUGGAGCAUGGCUGUUCCACAGAGAUUCGGGAAGAAGUAGUGCAGAGCUUCCAGAGGAACCUCCCGGUGCGAGUAUGGUGGAGUCUGAGGAACAUCAUCAGCCUUCCCAGACACUCACGUCCACUCCGUCACAUCUGACCUGCUGCUCUCCAUUAGCCUGUGUUGUCAUCAAACAUAAAUAAAUCAACACAAUUAAACAAAAACAUGAUCC